GCCCGGCCCGGCGGGUCGCUCAGUGCGGGGCGCUCGGCCGCGGCGCUGGUGCUCCCGCUGCGUCUCCCGCUGCGUCUCCCGCUCGGCUGCGGCCUCGUCUCCGCUGCGUCCUCGUCUCCCGCUGCGCGUCCCGCUCCGCACCGUCCCCGCUCCCCACCGUCCGCCAUGUCGCAGAGCGGGGCCCCGGGGCUGCAGGAGGAGAGUCUGCAGGGCUCCUGGGUGGAGCUGCACUUCAGCAACGGUGGCAACGGGAGCAGCGUGCCGGCCUCGGUGUCUCUUUAUAAUGGUGACAUGGAGAAAAUACUGCUGGAUGCCCAGCAUGAGUCCGGACGGAGCAGCUCCAAGAGCUCUCACUGUGACAGCCCGCCGCGCUCACAGACACCACAGGACAUCAACAGAGCUUCCGAAACAGACACCCACAGCAUCGGAGAGAAAAACAGCUCUCAGUCUGAGGAAGAUUACGUUGAGAGGAGGAAAGAAGUUGAGAGCAUCUUGAAGAAAAGCUCAGACUGGAUAUGGGAUUGGUCAAGUCGGCCAGAAAAUAUUCCCCCCAAGGAGUUCCUCUUCAAGCACCCGAGGCGCACGGCCACCCUCAGCAUGAGGAACACGAGCGUCAUGAAGAAAGGGGGCAUAUUCUCGGCCGAGUUCCUGAAGGUUUUCCUUCCGUCUCUGCUGCUCUCUCAUCUCCUGGCCAUUGGAUUGGGGAUCUAUAUCGGAAGGCGUCUGACAACCUCCACCAGCACCUUUUGAUGAAGAAUCGGAAUCCGGCUUUGUUCGUGUAGCGGGGAUUUGUAUCUGAGCUUGCAGCAGAGCUGAGGAGCCACCAUGGUCCUUGGGUGGCGGCAUAGCUUGUGUUUAUUUGUUCUGUGAAUGCUGCGUUUCUUUUAGUGAAAUGAAAGAAUAGACACUAAAACCAUGCUGACCUGUAAGUAUACCUAUGGGAUCAAUUAAUAAGCAUGUCAGACUGAUUAAUAUCUACUGUAACAAUUCGGUAGUCAAUUUUAUUUGGAUAUUAGAUACUAAAUAUAAACAAUUUUAAUAUACUAGUUAUCAUAUAUAUAGUAUUUUAAAAAUUACCUGUAACCUUAAUUCAGUUAAAACACUUUCUAUUUCAAAAGAAUGGAUAACAUUGAUACUACAAUUACUACUUUAAGGGGUUUGUCUAAAGUAAAUAUUGUGGCCUUAUAUCUAACCUAUUGUAGAACACACUGAGGGGACGCAGUUGUCUGCAAAGAUAACACGCAGCUGUGCCCGUUGUUCUUAGGUAGUGACCAGAAAUUGGGGACAGCUGCCCCGCCCUGGACAGUCGCCCUGUGACCUGGGCUGGCAGUGCAGGGACCGCAGCGUCUGGGUGGUGGCGUCUGUCCGAGGCUCCUGCUCCGAGUCUCAGGGUGCUCUGUCACCCUGGGCUGCCGGUUAGCCUGUUGUUUGCGCUCAGCUCGUGUGCUCUUGAGUUUGCUUUAUUCUGAGUAAAUCUGUGUCUACUGCAAAAGACUGGAAAAUGAAAAAAAUAAAUGUUUGCCAAAUCCUUCA